AUGUCCACAGAUGGUGGCUUCGGCACGGCUAGCAAUAGCGAUGCCCAGCAAAGCCUCCAGUCCUUCUGGCCGCGAGUCAUGGAGGAGAUACGCAAUCUCACGGUGAAAGACUUCAGAGUUCAAGAGCUCCCUCUGGCUCGUAUCAAGAAGAUAAUGAAACUAGAUGAAGAUGUGAAGAUGAUUAGUGCAGAAGCUCCCGUGUUGUUUGCCAAGGCAGCUCAGAUAUUCAUAACAGAAUUGACUUUGCGAGCGUGGAUACACACAGAAGAUAACAAGCGGAGGACUCUGCAGAGGAAUGACAUUGCCAUGGCAAUUACAAAGUUUGAUCAGUUCGACUUUCUUAUCGAUAUUGUUCCAAGAGAUGAACUGAAGCCUCCAAAGCGGCAG